AUGCCUAUAUCUUUCUAUUCUUCUCUCAAAAAAUUUUUUAACAAAUUUUUAACUGAAAAAAUUUAUAAUACAAUAAUUUAUUCUCUUGCGACUCCAAAUGACUCUGGCUUUAAAUAUCUUCACUUUUUUCAAACUGAAUACCAUGGACAAAUAGCUGGUAUUCUUAAAGAAGGUCCAACUGUUCGUGAAGUUGUCUCUUUUGCUGUUCAAAACUUGGACAGUUUGGCUACUCAUAAAGUAAAACCAACAAGACUAGAUGAACCAAAAUGCUUUGAUAUUGAAAGUGAAGAAGAUACAUGGCAAGACCCAGACCCAGAAGAAGAAAUAAAAUGGUUUAGU